GGAAAAUAAACAUGGCGUCCGGACAGCAAUGGGUGUUGGUGGAAAUGGUGCAAGCAUUUUAUGAGGCUCCUGCGUACCACCUGAUUCUGGAGGGGAUCCUCAUACUGUGGAUCAUCAGACUUCUAUUCUCUAAGACCUACAAACUUCAUGAGACCUAUAAACUGACAGAGAAGGAAAAGGAGGACCUGAUUGAGGAGUGGCAGCCAGAGGCUCUUGUUCCCCCUGUGUCCAGAGACCAUCCCUCCCUCAGCUAUGAUGUUGUCACAGGACCUCCCAGCCAUAAAAUCAUAAUCAAUGGAAAAGAGUGCAUUAACUUUGCAUCAUUCAACUUCCUGGGUCUCCUGGACCAUGAACGUAUUAAGCAAAAAGCUUUGGCAUCACUGAAGAAAUAUGGUGUGGGCACAUGUGGUCCAAGAGGCUUCUAUGGAACAUUUGAUGUUCACCUGGAGCUGGAGAGUCGUCUGGCAAAAUUCAUGAAAACAGAAGAGGCCAUCAUCUAUUCAUAUGGCUUUGCAACCAUUGCUAGUGCAAUCCCUGCCUACUCCAAGAGGGGGGACAUCAUCUUUGUGGAUGAAGCAGCUUGCUUCUCCAUCCAGAAGGGUCUUCAAGCAUCUCGCAGCUUCAUUAAAUACUUCAAACACAAUGACAUGGAGGAUCUGGAGAGAUUGCUCAAGGAACAGGAGCUGGAGGACCAGAAGAAUCCUCGCAAAGCACGAGUGACACGGAAGUUCAUUGUAGUCGAGGGGUUGUACAUCAACACUGCAGACAUCUGUCCUCUCCCUGAACUGGUGAAACUGAAGUACAAGUACAAGGUGCGGAUCUUUCUGGAGGAGAGCAUGUCUUUUGGUGUACUGGGAGAACACGGCAGAGGAGUCACAGAACACUUUGGGGUCAAUAUAGACGACAUUGACCUUAUCAGUGCUAAUAUGGAGAAUGCUGUGGCCUCCAUCGGAGGUUUCUGCUGCGGACGCUCCUUUGUCAUUGACCACCAGCGACUGUCCGGCCAGGGAUAUUGUUUCUCUGCCUCCCUGCCUCCCAUGCUAGCUGCUGCUGCCAUUGAGGCCCUCAACAUCAUGGAGGAGGAUCCUGAUAUUUUCACUGUCCUGAGGGAAAAGUGCAAACAUGUGUACAAAGCUUUACAGGGAACUCCAGGACUGAAGUUAGUAGGAGAACCGUUUGCCCCAGCUCUUCACUUACAGCUGGAGAGAAGUUCAGGCUACAGAGACUCUGACCUGCAGCUGCUCCGCACCAUUGUAGAUUAUUGUUUGGAAAGACAUGUGGCUCUGACCCUUGCUCGUUACCUGGAAAAGGAGGAGCGUUUCCUCCCCCCGCCCAGUAUCAGAGUGGUGGUCACCAUUGACCAGACGGAGGAGGACAUCGAGAAGGCUGUGUCGUGUAUCAAAGAGGCAGCUUCAGCUGUCCUCAAAUGAUGGUGUAGUGUUUGUCACUGCUGAAGCUAAGCAGACAUCACUGGCUUUAGUGAAUGACUAGGUCGGACAUCCCUUUUAAGGGGAACACUCUUAUCCACACACUGUGAACCCUGCACACUGAACAUGCCAUGAGGAUCUUUACUGAUUAACACGUUAUGUCUCCUAGUCUUGAUUUUUUUUUUGUCUCAUAAUAAUUAUUUGUGUUGCUCUCAUUUAUGAUGUGUCAUAAUUGUGACAUGACUAUGUGAAAUACAUGUUGCAUAUUGUUAUGAAUGUAAACUUUGGCCAUCAGCUGGAGUGUUAGCAGUAGCUUCCUGCUGUGGACGAUAAUUGUCAUCAAUCACUAAUAAACAAAAACUGCAGUGAAAACUAGACUUUAUUUCCACAAACCAAAUGACUUGUUGCUUUUCAUAUCCUGACCAAAGAGGAGACAGUGUACUCUUCCUCUGUGAGCAUAUUAACUGUACACAUGGGUUGUCAUUUUAUGUGCCACUGGUUAUUUUACCACAGAUACUGAGUUUUACACCUGGAUCACAGAUACAGAAUGUGUGUUGUUUUCUCUAGUACACAAUUUCUACAACUGGUGUAAAUGUAGUUGUAAGAAUAUGAGUCAGAAAUAAAUAUGCACAAACUG